AUGUCUUCGGCCCCGCGCAAACCCGCGACUCGUCUGGCCCGCCCGGCAGCGCGGUACUGGAAGGGCAAAGCACCCAAAGGCGCGGACGCCGCCUCCGACUCCGAUGAAGACGAGGAGAUGCAGGACGAGGAGCGGGCGGAGGAGGAGGGCGACGUGCUCAUACACGAUGUCGGCGAGGGGGACGACGACGACGAGCCGGAGGAGCUUCCCGUCCGGAGAGAGCCCGCGCUGAAGGCGACCAAAGGCGCGAUCAGCGUGGCGCUGCGCGACGUGAACAUCUCGACGGACGGGAAGGUCAUUGUGAGCGGGAAGGAGGAGUCCGGGCGUACGGCGGCAGAGUUGGAGGAAGAGGAGGAUGAAGAGGAGGAAGAGGAAGAACAGGGGAGCGGAGAAGAGGUUAGCCAUGCCUGGCAGUCCAGCGAAGAAGAGUCCGAAUCGGAGGAGGAAGAGAAACCGAAGCUGCAGUUCCGCCCCGUAUUUGUGCCCAAACGUGCUCGAGUCACUGUGGCCGAAAGGGAAGCCAUUGCUCUGGACUCGGAGGAGGCUUUGAAGCGCAAAGAAGAGGAGAUCGAGGAGCGCAAGAAAGCGAGUCACGACAUGGUUGCGGAAAGCAUCCGCAGAGAGCUCCUCGAGAAGGAGAAGCAGGAAGAGACCCCGGACGUCGACGACAGCGACGGGCUUGAUCCUGCAGGCGAGUUCGAGGCAUGGCGCCUUCGCGAGCUUGCAAGGAUCAAGCGCGACAAAGAGGCCGAGCUCGCAAGGGAGAAGGAACGAGAGGAGGUCGAGCGACGACGGGCACUCCCCGAAGAGCAACGCCUGAAGGAGGAUCUCGAGCAUGCAGAGCAGUCACGGAAGGACAAACCGAAGGGCCAACAGAAGUUCCUACAGAAGUACUGGCACAAGGGCGCGUUCCGUCAGGACGAGGAUAUCCUCCGCCGACACGAUUUCACAGAGGCGACGGAGUCUACCAUGGACGUAUCGAUGCUGCCGAAGGUGAUGCAGGUGAAGAACUUCGGGAAACGCGGGCGGACAAAGUACACGCACUUGCUGGAUCAGGAUACCACUCAGGGCGGGUUUGGGGGGACUGGGCCGGUGAAAACGGGUGGAAUGUCGACCGACGGCGGAGGAUGUUUCUUGUGUGGUGGUCCGCAUCUGAAGAAAGACUGUCCCCAAAAUGCGAAUAUGCCUCCUGGCCGGACUGCGACAGGUGCGAACGGUGCGCCGACGGGCGUGGGUAUGCGUCAAUGGGGUGCGCGUGACGGAGGCAAGGACAACCGGCGAGACUCGUGGCGAGAUCGCGACGAGGACCAGCGAGCAGACACAGACGAUCGGGACAGGCGGCGAGACGAGCAGCGCGCAAGGGACCGGGAACGAUACUACCGAGACGACCGCGACCGCGCCGGGAAGCACGACCAUGGACGGGACGGCGACCGAAGUCGCGACGACCGACGACGCUCACGGUCGCGGUCACCGCAACGGGAGAGGCGGAGGGACGAGGACCGACGGCGAGACCGUCGGCGGUCAAGGGAACGGUCGGUGGAUUAUGGACAUGGAGAGAAGCGCAGGAGGUUGGAUUGA